AUGCGGUCUAUGUCCGAUAUUCCUUUGAAUUCGCCGCCGUAUGUUGGAUGCCAAGGUAUGGCCGUGCAUACCGCGGCAACAAAAUGUCGGAAAAACCGGGUGAAGAUCUGGUUCCAGAAUCGUCGCAGUAAAUACAAAAAGAUGAUGAAGGCUGCGCAGGUGGGCGCCGCUCCUCCCGGCCUGGGACUUCCCCCCGGCAGUCCGCCCAAUAACAAUCAACUUUUACAUGGUGGUGGAGGCAGUUCUAGCGGAUCACAACACUCUCCAUCAGCAUACCAGAGUGGUCCGACUCAAGCACACUCGCCUACCCCAAGUUCUACACCGGUAUCUGAGCUGUCUCCGGGACUAUCGCCCACAGGCACCCCAUGGGAUGUGAAGCAGCCUCCGCAGCCAUCUUGGGAUGUAAAGGUUGGAUAUCCUACAGCAGGCCGAUCCCCGGAUGGUACUUCGUGUGAUGUAAAGCCACCACAUCAACAAUCGUGGGAUCCAAGAGUUGGAUAUGGCGCGCCCCCUGGACCCUGGGACAUGAAAGGCCACCACGCCCUACACCAGGGCGCUCCGCAACCACAUCCGCCAUACGUGCCCCAAUAUUCAUGGUAUCAAGCGGAUGCAAAUCCUGGACUUCUGACUGAUAACGGCCUAGCUUUAUUCCAUCGCAUGGGUUUGAGGAGUCAGUUUCUGGGGAACGAUCAAAAUAACUAUGACAGC